AUGGCCAGUGUGGCGCCUGGGUUGGCCGAGCAAACCACAGUGACGGUCUUCGCAUCCUCGACGAACAAGAACAAUCCGUCGGUAUCUGCAGCAUCCUCGGUUGACUCAAAGGCCUCGGCCUCGACAACAGCGCCAAGUGUGAUUAUGGUGACCGUGGCCAUCGAAGCUCUCACGACGGCUUUUGUUCCGCCACCGACAUGUACCGAGAAUCGACUCACUAUGCUCGCCUCCCCGGGAUAUGAGAUAUGGAAUAACGAACCAGCGCCCAUAUCCGGUAGCAAAGUGACGGACUGCUACCCUUCUCAGUUUAUCAAGCGAUAUACCAGCUCGUUCAACCAGUCCAGCUCCAUGGCGCCAUUAAUGAGCCCGUUGGUAUGUCCCGAGGGCUGGGUUACAGCCAGGCAAUGGGACAACGCCUACAUUGUCUGCUGUGCAAGUGGUUACCAGCUGGCUCCCCCCUCUACGACAGUUGACGCGGAUCGGCCAGGCUAUGGAGGAACUUGCUACAGCAACUUUCUGGUGGGGCAGACGGCGACUGUUACUGGUUACAAUUCAUCGAUGCUUACGGCGACAUUCCCAUGGGUUGCUUCGUCCUCGGCUGACCAAGCUUAUGCCCACCCGAUUGAUGGUUUUGCCAUGGAUUUACUAGCCUCCUUGACAUCUUCCUCGGAAUCAGCAACUUCGACAUCGGCCUCGGCAUCGUCGUCGUCGACGUUAGCAAUAGCCACGGCUACAAACGAUAGCAGCGAAGAUUCAUCGACAGCAUCAUCAAGCUCGAUUUCCGGCGGCGCGAUUGCCGGUAUUGUCAUCGGCUGCCUCGCAGGCUUGGCUCUCAUUAUUCUAGCCGUCUUCCUCCUCAUCCGCCGUCGCCGUGGGGGACAAUAUCCACCUGAUACACAGAUUGGAGAGCUCGGGGGUGAGCCCGUCAUGGUCUAUGAACACAAGCCGAUGCCACCCGCCAAGGACUCGCCCAAGAGCCCUUCUGGCUUUGCCUAUGCGCAACCCAAGUCGAACCCAUCAGCCUCGCCCGUACAGUCGCACUCGAACGUGGAGCUCGACGACGCGAGCACGAUAAACCCCACCGUCGCGAGCUCCGUCGUGAGCCCCGUCAGCCGGAACCAGUCGAAGCGGAGAGACAUGAAUGAUAUAGAGCUCGAAGCGGCGAGGGCGAGACCAUAUGCCGAGCUUGAUGCGGGGUGGAAGGGCCAUGAGAUGAGCUGA